AAUUUCCGUGACAACUUCUGUUUCUAUUUUGUUGAACAGUACUUAACAUGGAUGCGCAAAUUGCGAAGACCACUCAGAGUCUCACCUCUGCAGCAGAGAUGCGGGACACCACCCAGAUGCUUAUGCAGCCCAAUGCAAACUGGGAGGAGUACCUGACCCCUGCUCCCCUCUCUAUUGCCAUCAUGGGGGAGCUGGUCUUCAUCUCCUCAGGUACUGACUUCUCCAUCAACAAGAACCCCCCACCAACCGGCUUCAAGUACAUAAAGUAUCCAGACUCCUUCAGGGCCUGUCUUAUGCAAAUCUGUAACUCAGGCUGGCACGCAUUCAACGAGGCCCACAACAAUAUGGAUCAGAUCCGCAUUCACACUGCCACAGUUCCUGAUUACAUGAAGGCGGCAGUCAACAUCCUUUUCAAGGGCAGUGAUGAAGUUAUUGAAACUCUCCUGCCUAAUCAACUGGAAAACAUCCGCACCAUUGCAGAUGAGUGCGUGACACUGGCAGGAGGUGUUGAAAAGAAAUAUUCUAUCGUCAUCAAUGUAAUCCAGGAGCUGUUGGAGGCCUGUGUCAAUGCUAAACACUUUUAUGGAGAAGAGCUGGACACAGUUAAGAUGAAACUGAAGGAAACUGAAAUGAGGGAAAAGACUGCCAAAGAACUGGAUGAACGGUCCAAGGAAGCAAUGGAGAACAUGUCAAAGCAAUUGGAAGAUGCACAAGAUGUGUACAAGAAAUCAAUGGAUUCCCUUCCCUUUGGGUGGGAAAUGAUUGGCAUGGAUUUUGCUGAAGGACUCUCAGGGUCCAUAAUAGGAGUUGUCAAUGGAGCCACUGGUUUAAUAACUAAUCCGGUGAGUAUAGCCUGCAGUGCAGUAGAGAAGGUCUCAACAACAUACCACAGCAUCAAACCACAAGAGGAGGACGUAGAUAUGGUCUCACAAAUGACAAUCUGCAGCAAGUCUGGAGAGAUUAUUUCCAUUAUAGCUACCCUCAAACAAUUUGUCAAUGACGGUAAAAUAGACUGGCACAAUCUCUAUGAUCAGAAAAAUAAAUGUACAAAGACUACAUGGACUGAGUCUCAAUUCCAAAGGAUCUCUGAGGACUUGAAGAGGAUGCCCCAGGGCAAACUAAAGAAGAAAGCUGUGUCACUUUGUAACAUGGGCAUCGCCAUCUGUGAGAAGUUGGCAACGUAUCAGCCAGAUCAGAAGUGGGAUGAGACAAAAACUAAACAGCUCAUAAUGACGUUACAGAAGCUGAAUGAUAAUGCACACACUUUUGACUGUAAGAGUAAGGCCAUCUCAGGUUCACCUGCUCUUACUCCCAAACCACCGAUGAUGUUCAAAGCAGAGAACAACAGCUCAGGACGGCAGUCUGCCAGUCAGAAAGCAUCUGAGAAUGCCCGUUUCCGCAUCGAGCAGAGCCGAGAACAACUCAAACAAACACGGGACUCGUAUGAGAAGUGUGUGGAGAACAUGGAGAAGAAUCGGAAGGAGAUGACUGAUGUCCUGGUUGAAAUGCAGAACUGCAAGAUCAAAGAGAUUGACUUUAACACCACCAUCAAAAUGCUGGUCAAGGGUCUCGAUGCCAUGGGCAGAGUCAAGGAGCAGUGGGAGAAGAUGGUGCGCUUCUUCCAGAUGGUCUCCACCCUCGUGAAAACCAGCCUCAGCAAGACACUGCACAAUUUUGUCACAACAGCUGAUGACACAAAGAAACUUUCUUACAACGGCAAGCUCUUUGCAAAAGACCUCCUGUACAACCAGGCCUUUCAAGCCUCCAACAUCGCCAGCCUGGUCCACAUGAUCUCAGGGACCUACACUGAAGUGUCAAACAAGUACCUCAUGGAUAGAGUGAGCAGUCUGGGCAAGCUCAUGGCCAUGGAUACGAGCAAACGAGAGUUCCUUCAAGAGCGUCUGAACCUGCGGGAGACCUGCCAGGCAGCUCAGGAGGGCAUCCUUCAGCUGGUCCUGAACAACAAGAAAGAAUUUGAGAGGAAGACCGAUGCCAGGAUGGCAAAAAUAGAGGGCGAGCUGAUAGCCAUUCUGCCAGCUGCUCUGCCUCAGGAGACUGAGAGAAUCAAGGAAAUAGUUCAGGCCGGGUUUAAAGAGGGGGAAUUUGGUGAAGAAUUAGAGGAUUACUAUUGAUUCUACGUAAAUUUUUCACACCACAUUUUCCACGAAGGAUAAGAUAAGUAAAUUACAUAGUAUGCUUAGAAAUACUACAAGAAUGUAGUCAUAUUUAGCUGAAAAAUAACACUUUAUAAUGAAUUAUGCAGUAUAUACAGUGGGGAAAAUAAGUAUUUGAACCCCUGCCGAUUUCGCAAGUUUGGCCAC